UUGAGUUGAACCCACGUUGAAGUGAUUAGAUUAAUGUAAAUAGGUAAUUAAACUAAAGCGGUUGACUCCACAAUUUCUAAAAUUACUUUUCUCCAUUUACAGGAAAUUGUACUGCGUUGUGUGUGAAAAUGGUGACGCUCACAUGUUCAAUAUGGUCGUUGCUGCACUUCCACUCUUCCCACUCCCUUUUGUUCAACCUUCAAAACACACACACACAGUGGCAUAAAAUCCCCUCUUUUUCUAGGCCAAAACCCCCAAUUCAAUUUCAUCGCUAGGGUUUCCCUAAAUUGAACCGCGGAAAUGGAAUCCCGCUCCCCAUUUUCGCUAUCCAAUCUCUACAACAAGAAGAUUCUGGGAAGUGGGCUGUGGGUUGUUUGGAUUUGUGGGUUCUUCUUGAUUGGUUUCUCCUUCUACGGUACUCAAAUGCUGCCCACUUUUCUGAAAGAACGGAUCAAAGUCAAGAAAUUUGACGAUUUCAGCUCCCCGAAAAUCACGAUUUUCGCUGCGCCGAUGCCGUUUGUUGGUUCAAUAGGCGAAAGGCAAUCUCUUGCUGUAAGAUCAUGGCUUGGACUGUCCGAAAAUAUAAACGUUGUUCUUUUCGGCCAAGAUCCUUCUGUUUUCUCCUUUGCUGAUUCAUACGGUUCGCGGGUGUCCGUCGAAUCCGGCAUUGACUUUACGUUUCUUGGUACCCCGUUUUUCCAUUCAAUGAUCGCAAGAUCUCUAGCAUCAACGUCGGAUAUUUCUGCAUUGGUUGACCCCGAGACAAUUCUACUGUCAAACUUUUAUUCAACUAUGGAAUAUGCUCACAAGCUCGAUGAAAACUGGCUCGUUGUCUCUUCAUCACAAAAUGUUUCUAAUUUUCCUUUUCUCUUACACUCCGAUGGGAAAAAAUGGCUGGCAGAUAACGGUAAACACGUUAGAAUACAAAAGUUGCAGGAGUUUCUUGCUCGAAAUUUUUCUUCGAAACCAUGUGGAGAUAAGAUGAUUAUUGCAUGGAACAAUGGUGGCGAUGUGCCACUUCACAAGGGGGUCCUCCCCCCCUUCUUGUACGGAAAGGGACUUCACAACCAUUGGAUUGUCACUGAAGCCUUGAUCUCGGAUUUUAGGCUCGUGAUCGAUGCAAGUUUGACUAUUUCGAGUUUCUAUCUCGAUAAUAUUGACCCAGAGAAUUAUGUCUCGGGAAGAAAGUGGGAACUAACUGGAAAUUCUCUUCUAGGAAGGCUUUACGGGUCGUUUUCUUUUCGAGAAGCUAAUUGUUCUAAUUUGUUCAGAUUCUGUAAAUGUGGUCGUAACUAUCUUUUCGUUAAUACACACCAAAACGUUGCGUAUCCAUUGGGAUACAAGAGAUCGCUGAACUUGAGGAACAAGGUCAUCUCUUUAUCAUCAACGAGAGAGGAAAUAUUGAAUUGCGUUGAUGUGGUAAAAUCACUCGAAGGAAUCCAAGUGUGCUUUGCGAAAGAGCCGUUAAAACUGCUGACAUCAUCAAUUUCGCUUUCUCUGUCCUUGGAAAAUCUGUUGUCGAUUCUCUCUGAUAAUAACAAGACAAUUGUACUUGGAGUUGCUGGAUACAGUUACAAGGAUAUGCUGAUGAGCUGGAUUUGCAGGCUAAGACACCUCCAAGUAUCGAACUUUUUAGUCUGUGCUCUCGAUCAUGAAAUAUACGAGUUCUCAGUCUUGCAGGGUUUGCCGGUUAUCGAUUGUGCGUAUCGUCCGACAAACAUCAGCUUCGAUAACUGCCAUUUUGGAACCGAUUGCUUUCAGAGAGUAACUAAAGUGAAAUCAAGAAUGGUGCUGCAAAUAUUGAAGCUUGGAUAUAGUGUCGUUUUGAGUGAUGUUGAUGUAUAUUGGUUCAAGAAUCCAUUGCCCUAUCUUACUUCUUUUGGUCCCUCGGUUCUCGUGGCACAAUCCGAUGAAUACAAUUCGACGGGACCAAUAAACUUACCUCGACGACUUAACUCAGGCUUCUAUUAUGCUCAUUCAGACAAUAUAACGAUCGCAGCAUUGCAUAAAGUGGUCGAGCAUGCAGCUAAUUCCAACUUGUCCGAACAGCCGAGUUUUUACGAUACGUUGUGCGGCGAAGGUGGGUCCUACAGAUUAGGUGAUAAUCAGUGCUUAGAACCCGAAACAAAGUUGUUGGUUCAUUUCUUGGAUAGAGAUCUCUUUCCAAACGGUGCAUAUCGAGGUCUGUGGGAGGAGAGAGAUACAAAGAAAGCCUGUCUGAGAAUAAAUUGUUUUAUUCUCCAUAAUAAUUGGAUUAACGGAAGAAAGAAGAAGCUCGAAAGACAGGUUUUAUCUGGCCUUUGGGAUUACGAUAUCAACACGAGAAUGUGCUUGCAGAGCUGGCAAGGUAAUAUUAAUACAAGAAAUUAUUUUUAGUGGAAAAAAAGAAAAACAAAUUUGUCAUGACAACUUUGUUAUUAACGGAGGGUGGAGAAAUCGAGGAAAGCUUUGGAGCUAUUAUCACAGGCUAAUGCUAAAAGGGUUGAAGUAUAUUUUUUCUUAUCACGAAAAAAAUGUGUUCUUGUUUCCGGUCGAGCUCGAGGAGGAGAAAAAACGAGGGGCAAGAGGAAACUAUUUCGUUCGGUGUGAGUGGCGCAAAUCUCAGGGGUAAAACGGUCCGGAUAAUUCAUGCGGGCGGGCGAAUAGAGAUGUACCCAGACGCAAUUUCGGCAUUGAAAUUGAUAGAGAAAUAUCCAGGUAUGUGCAUUGCUAGGCCCAAUGUGUUCGAAUGCGUGCACGAGUCCGUUUUAACUGGGGAUGACAUUUUAUUGCCGGGGAAUAAAUACUUUAUUGUUCGGUGCACUACUGUGGAGAAAUUGAAACGCAGGCAAUCGAGGAAACGGAGGAUUUACGAAGGUGGUAAUGGUGAGGGGGUGUUUAAAGAGUCGAACGAGAGUGAAGAUGAUUCGAUUUCGAUUUCUUCUGCUAGGGAUUUUUUUGUGUCGAAAGAGAGUUGGUUGAAUUGUAGAGUGACGAAACAAGUGAAAGAGAGGAAGAGAGCGUUUGUGCCUCCUAUACAAAGGCCGAGGCUGUCGAAGGAACCCGAGUGGGAGCCGGGUCUAACUUCUAUACAAGAGAUUUCUCCAUAAAUAUCUCUUCUUUUUUUUUUCGUUCUACGAAUUUUAGUGGAUUGUGUGCAGAUUUGUGGUGCAAAACUACCAGGUACAGCAUUUCGUUUCAAAAUGAAUAAAGAGAAUCAUUUCCAAAACCGAAA